AUGCAGAGAGGUAGAAAGUCUCUAGUUGCCAAAUCAAAACUUUCAUACUGUUGUGAAUGGAAAGACUGCUCCAGCUCCUUUGAUGACAAAAAUUCACUCAAACGUCACCAGCUACAACACUUCGAAGUAUUAUGUGAACAAGUGUCACAGUGUAUAUGCCAUCCUAUCUGUGGAAUAUGUGAUUCUCCUAUAAAUGUAUCUGAUCCGGAUGAGAUUGAAAGGCACUCGUAUUUUCAUUCUUGGGUCAAUCAUCUGAAAGUGGUUGGAAAGCAUUCCUCGUCAAUUAAUGAUUGGCCAUCUUGUAUGUGUGAUUCAAAGUCAUGUAAUUCAAUACCUGAACUUCCAACUAAAUUUGAGUGUGGUUGGGAGUACUGUGAUUUUAAAACCAACGAUGUUUCCAUAUUUAUUGAUCAUGUUUCAAAGCAUUCAGAGGAAUAUAAUGAUUCUCGUUAUCCGAAGGGUGUAGGAUUGAAAUGUUUAUGGGAGGAUUGUACAUAUGUAGCCCGUCGUUUAAAAAAUCUUACCGGUCAUUUGGAUACGCAUACUCAAAAUAAACGUGCAGCCUGUCCUACAUGUGGUCUGUUAGUUGUUAAUUUUCGAAAGUUAGAAGACCAUCUUAAACGUCAACAAGUCCAUUUGUUAAGAAAGAAUGCUAACGUGAAUAUACAUCAUUCAGUUAAACCUGUAAAGUGCAAUCGGUGUCAAAGACUGUUUAGUACACAGAGAUUAUUGGCUACGCAUAUGAAAAGGCAUAUUAAUACAAUGAAAUGUCCCUAUUGUGAUAUGACUGCCUUAGGCAAAUCAGCUCUGGAACGUCAUAUUUUAUUUCGUCAUACUAAUGAAAAAUCAUUCCCCUGCCCUUAUUGUCCUUUAGCAUUCAAAGUUGCCGAUAUUCUAGAAAGGCAUCUAAAGGCUAAACAUAAUAAGAUGGAUGAAUCAGAAGAGGACAAUAAUGUAACACUAACUGAUUCAUCAAUCCAAAUAGUCAAUAAUCCCAUCGAUUUAAACGGUUGAUAGUAUCAAUUUUCGUUACCUCUAUACUCUGUAAUGUCUUUCGUGGCGUAAAUUAGAUGCACUACUGAAAAUUCCAUGCUGUAUCGAUGCUGUUUUUUUUUUAAUAAAGUAAAUCAUGAUUAUUAAUACUGUUGCUGAUGAUGUACUCUAACUUUUGUUUCAUUCUGCAAAUUAAUUUAGACUAAGAACUAACUAAGUGAUUGUGAACAAACAACUUGACUUCCUUCGCCUCCAUGUUAUAUGUCCUUGGAUUAUCAUUCUUUUAACUUAUAUUGAAAUGAUCCCAAUGAAGUAUGCUAUACCGUGUUGCCUUUACCACUUAAUUAGGGCCGCAUAGUCAGACUGUUGAAUAUUGAAUA